AUGACCGAGCUGCCCAACUCGACCACCUGGGGCGGUCACUACGACCUGAUCCCCGCCGACCGUCUGUCUCGCGACAUUGUCGGCCACGCCUUCACGGCCCUGGCCUCGACCGACAACCAGAUCUCCAGCCACAACGUCAAGCAGUACUCGCACCUGAGCUCCGUCCGCAUGGACAUUGCCAAGGUUGUCGAGAGGCUGGGCUCGCUGCCUGAGUACGCCCAGAGCAGCCGGCCCAAGAUCCCGGCCCACGUCUGGGUCGGCAAGGCCAAGAUUGCCGGCUUGCGCUACCAGUUCAGCACCAUGAACAUGGUCCUGCAGGAUGCCGAGGGCAAGGGCCUCGCUACGCUGUCGCGGUAG